AAAAGAAGAAGUAAAAAUCCCUUAUAUCUCUGUCAUCGCCGUCUAUGUCUGGGAAGCCAAAGUAGGGCACCAGCGAGAGAUCAGAAACCCUAGGAGAGAGACGGAGAUAGAGAGAGAUACACAGAAAGGGAAAUUUUGUGCAGAGUUCAUCAUUGGCUGCUUGAAAGAGGAUAGUUUAGCAGCGGAAGCGGAAGCGGAAGCACCUGCUUCCUUUAGAGAAGACGAAGAUGAAGGGCCUCUUCAAGUCUAAGCCUCGUACCCCUGCGGACGUUGUCCGCCAGACCCGAGAUCUGCUUCUCUACGCCCAACGCGGCAGCACCUCUGAUUCCCGUGAGAGUAAGCGCGAGGAGAAGGUGUUGGAGUUAUGUAAAAAUAUCAGGGAGCUGAAGUCAAUUCUUUAUGGAAAUAGUGAAUCCGAGCCAGUUGCAGAAGCUUGUGCACAAUUGACCCAGGAGUUUUUCAAAGAGAACACACUACGGCUUCUGAUUUUGUGUCUUCCGAAGUUGAACUUGGAGGCUCGAAAAGAUGCCACUCAAGUUGUUGCAAAUUUGCAAAGGCAACAAGUUCAUUCAAGACUAAUUGCAUCUGAUUACUUGGAAGCAAACAUAGAUCUAAUGGAUAUUUUGGCAGAAGGUUAUGAAGACACGGACAUGGCAUUGCACUAUGGUGCAAUGCUAAGGGAGUGCAUUCGUCACCAGAUUGUUGCAAGAUAUGUUUUGGAAUCUAAGCACAUGAAGAAGUUUUUUGAUUAUAUUCAACUUCCAAAUUUUGACAUUGCUGCAGAUGCUGCUGCAACAUUUAAGGAACUCCUGACGAGGCAUAAAUCGACUGUUGCUGAGUUUCUUUCAAAGAAUUAUGGCUGGUUCUUUGCAGAGUAUAACUCAAAGCUACUGGAAUCUGCUAAUUACAUCACCAGACGACAAGCGAUCAAGCUGUUGGGAGAUAUACUACUGGAUCGCUCAAAUUCAGCCACUAUGACUCGAUAUGUGAGCUCAAGAGACAACUUGAGGAUUCUUAUGAAUCUUCUCAGAGAGUCCAGCAAGAGCAUCCAGAUAGAAGCGUUUCAUGUGUUCAAGCUAUUUGCUGCUAAUCAAAACAAACCUCCCGACAUCAUCAGCAUACUCGUUGCAAACAAAAGCAAGCUUAUAAGGCUGUUUGCUGACUUCAAAACCGAUAAAGAGAAUGCAGAGUUUGAGGCUGACAAAGCUCAAGUUGUGAAAGAAAUUGCUUCUUUGGAACCUGUGGAAUCUAGAGACAGCCCAUGAGGGAGCUUUGUUGUGUUUCAAAGUCCCCAGAGCUUCUCUUCCUCUACGCAAUUGUGAAUUUUAUAGUGUUAUAGCCCCCAGCUGCUAUCAAAAUCUGACGGGGGCCAUAUUUUCUAUUUAUAUUUCCCAUCCAUCAGUUCCUAAUGGUCCUGUUCUGUAAUCUAAAUAUAUUUCUGUAAAAAGGUAGAUAAAUAAACUGAAGAAAUUAGUUUAAUGCUGUA